AUGGCUGCCAACACCGGCGCUAUCAUCAAGCCUGCCUCUAUCCCCGUUCGCGGUGGAACCGACCGCCUUGUGGCCCUCGAGUUGCAGGAUGGCACCGUCUACCAGGGUUACAACUUUGGUGCCGAGAAGAGCAUUGCCGGUGAAUUGGUCUUCCAAACCGGCAUGGUCGGCUACCCUGAGUCCAUCACCGACCCUUCCUACCGUGGUCAGAUCCUGGUUAUCACUUUUCCUCUAGUGGGUAACUAUGGUGUCCCCUCGCGGGAGCAGAUCGACGACCUCCUCAAGCUGCCCACCUACUUCGAGUCCAGCCAGAUCCACGUCGCUGCCUUGGUGGUCGCUACCUAUGCUGGAGAGGACUUCUCUCACUUCCUGGCCGCGUCUUCCCUGGGCAAGUGGUUGAAGGAGGAGGGUGUCCCCGCCAUGCACGGUGUUGACACUCGUGCGCUGACCAAGCGUCUCCGUCAAACCGGUAGCAUGCUGGGCCGCAUGCUGCUCCAGAAGCCUGAAGUUGCCAAGGAGGUUGCCUCCGGCGCUGACGCUGCUACCUGGAAGUCACACUUUGAGGAGAUCGAGUGGGUGGACUGCAACACCAAGAACCUCGUCGCUGAGGUCUCUAUCCGUGAGCCCAAGCUUUACUCGCCCCCCGCAGAUGUUGCUCUGAAGCACCCCUCGGGACGGAACAUCCGCGUCCUGUGCCUGGAUGUUGGUAUGAAAUACAACCAGCUCCGCUGCCUGUUGACCCGUGGUGUUGAGGUCAUGGUCGUUCCCUGGGACUACGACUUCCCCACCCUGGCAGGCAAGGACUACGAUGGUCUGUUCGUCUCCAACGGACCCGGUGACCCCGCCACUCUCACAACCACCAUUGACAACCUGGCCAAGACAUUUAAGGAUGCCCGCACUCCUGUCUUCGGUAUCUGUCUGGGUCACCAGCUGAUUGCCCGCGCCGUCGGUGCUACAACCAGCAAGAUGAAGUUCGGUAACCGCGGUCACAACAUUCCUUGCACCAGUAUGAUCUCUGGCAAGUGCCAUAUCACUUCUCAAAACCACGGUUAUGCUGUGGACGCCUCCAGUCUCCAGAAUGGCUGGGAGGAGCUGUUUGUCAACGCCAACGAUGGCAGCAACGAGGGUAUCCGUCACACCACCCGUCCCUUCUUCAGUGUGCAAUUCCACCCCGAGAGCACCCCUGGUCCUCGCGAUACCGAGUACCUGUUUGAUGUCUUCAUCAACACCAUCCAGAAAACUAUUGCCUCUGCGGAUGCGCUCACCAAGCCUGUCGAAUUCCCCGGUGGCAUCAAGGCUGAGAAUGUCAAGGCUGCCCCCCGUGUUUACGUCAAGAAGGUUCUGGUCCUGGGAUCCGGUGGUCUCAGCAUUGGUCAGGCCGGAGAGUUCGAUUACUCCGGUAGUCAAGCCAUCAAGGCGCUGAAGGAAGAGGGAAUUUACACGAUCUUGAUCAACCCCAACAUUGCUACUAUCCAGACCUCCAAGGGUCUGGCUGACAAGGUCUACUUCUUGCCCGUCAACGCCGACUUUGUGCGCAAGGUCAUUAAACACGAGCGCCCCGACGCUAUCUACUGUACCUUCGGUGGUCAGACUGCUCUUUCAGUCGGUAUUCAACUCAAGGAUGAGUUCGAGGGCCUGGGUGUUCAGGUUCUUGGUACCCCCAUCGAUACUAUCAUCACUACCGAGGACCGUGAGCUGUUUGCUCGUAGCAUGGAUUCGAUCAACGAGAAGUGCGCCAAGUCUGCAUCUGCAUCCACCAUCGAGGAGUCUUUGCGCGUUGUCGAGGACAUUGGCUUCCCUGUUAUUGUUCGUGCCGCUUACGCCCUGGGUGGUCUCGGCUCUGGUUUCGCUGAGGAUAUGGACCAACUCAAGGACCUUUGCACCAAGGCCCUCGCUGUCAGUCCCCAGGUCCUCAUCGAGCGCAGUAUGAAGGGCUGGAAGGAAAUCGAGUACGAAGUUGUUCGCGAUGCCCAGGACAACUGUAUCACUGUCUGUAACAUGGAGAACUUCGAUCCUCUCGGUAUCCACACUGGUGACUCCAUUGUUGUCGCUCCCUCACAGACCCUCUCGGACGAGGACUACAACAUGCUGCGAACCACCGCUGUUAAUGUCAUUCGUCACCUUGGCGUUGUCGGUGAAUGUAACAUUCAAUAUGCCCUGAACCCGUUCUCUAAGGAGUAUUGCAUUAUCGAGGUUAACGCUCGUCUGUCGCGUUCUUCGGCCCUUGCCUCCAAGGCCACCGGUUACCCUCUUGCUUUCAUCGCUGCUAAGCUGGGUCUGGGUAUCCCCCUCAACGAGAUCAAGAACUCCGUGACCCAGUCCACCUGUGCUUGCUUCGAGCCUUCCCUCGAUUACUGCGUGGUGAAGAUUCCCCGUUGGGAUCUGAAGAAGUUUACUCGUGUGUCGACUCAGCUUGGUUCCUCCAUGAAGUCUGUUGGUGAAGUCAUGAGCAUUGGUCGUACCUUCGAGGAGGCUAUUCAAAAGGCCAUCCGCUCCGUUGAUUUCCACAACUACGGUUUCAACGAGACUGAUGCUCUUAUGUCGAUCAAGGCCGAGCUUCAGACUCCCUCCGACCAGCGUCUGUUUGCCAUCGCUAAUGCUAUGGCUGCUGGAUACACUGUUGAUGAUAUCUGGAAGCUGACAGCUAUUGAUAAGUGGUUCUUGAGCCGGCUUAAGGGUCUCAGCGACUUCGGCAAGUCUCUCAGUGCUUUCAACGCCACCAGCGUGCCCAUCUCUAUGAUCUCACAGGCCAAGCAGCUUGGUUUCUCUGAUCGUCAGCUUGCCAAGUUCCUGAGCUCCAACGAACUGGCUGUGCGCCGUAUGCGUGUUGAGGCUGGCAUUACCCCCAUUGUCAAGCAGAUCGAUACUGUUGCUGCUGAGUUCCCUGCCGUCACCAACUACCUUUACCUGACAUAUAACGCCUCCGAGCAUGACCUGAAGUUCGAUGACCACGGUAUCAUGGUUCUUGGAUCUGGUGUCUACCGUAUUGGUUCCUCUGUUGAGUUCGAUUGGUGCUCCGUCCGUACUAUCCGUACCCUCCGUGAGCAGGGCCACAAGACUAUCAUGGUUAACUACAAUCCUGAGACUGUCAGUACCGAUUACGAUGAGGCCGACCGCCUGUACUUCGAGAACAUCAACCUGGAGACUGUCCUUGAUAUUUACCAGCUUGAGUCAUCUAGCGGUGUUGUCAUCUCCAUGGGUGGUCAGACUCCUAACAACAUUGCCCUGCCGCUGCACCGUCUCAAUGUUAACAUCCUGGGUACCUCCCCUGAGAUGAUUGAUGGAGCUGAGAACCGUUACAAGUUCUCGCGUAUGCUUGACCGUAUCGGCGUCGACCAGCCUGCCUGGAAGGAGCUUACCAGCAUUGACGAGGCCCGCGGAUUCUGUGACAAGGUUGGCUACCCAGUGUUGGUUCGUCCCUCUUAUGUGCUUUCUGGUGCUGCUAUGAACACAGUCUACUCCGAGCACGACCUGGCCAAUUACCUCAACCAGGCUGCGGACGUGUCCCGUGACCACCCUGUCGUCAUCACUAAGUACAUCGAGAACGCCAAGGAGAUUGAGAUGGAUGCUGUCGCCAAGAACGGUGUUAUGGUUGGCCACUUCGUCUCUGAGCACGUCGAGAACGCCGGUGUGCACUCUGGUGACGCCACUCUCAUUCUGCCUCCCCAGGAUCUCAGCGAAGAGACUGUUGCUCGCAUCGUGGAGGCCACUCGCAAGAUCGGUAACGCUCUGAAUGUCACUGGCCCUUACAACAUCCAGUUUAUCGCCAAGGACAAUGACAUCAAGGUCAUUGAGUGCAACGUUCGUGCUUCGCGCUCCUUCCCCUUCGUCUCAAAGGUUAUGGGUGUCGAUCUUAUCGAGAUGGCCACCAAGGCUAUGAUCGGUGCUCCCUUCCAGGACGUGCCCAAGGACUACGUCGGUGUCAAGGUCCCGCAGUUCUCCUUCUCUCGUCUGUCGGGUGCUGAUCCCGUUCUUGGUGUCGAGAUGGCCUCGACCGGUGAGGUUGCUUCCUUCGGUCGUGAUAAGUAUGAGGCCUACCUCAAGGCCCUGCUUUCAACUGGAUUCCGUCUGCCCAAGCGCAACAUCCUUUUCUCCAUCGGUUCCUACAAGGAGAAGCUUGAGAUGCUACCUGCCAUCAAGAAGUUGCACAAGCUGGAUUACAACCUGUUCGCCACCUCUGGUACUGCGGACUUCCUGAAGGAGAACGGUGUUCCCGUCAAGUACCUCGAGGUUCUGGCCGGUGAGGAGGAUGACUUCAAGUCUGAGUACUCUCUGACCCAGCACUUGUCGAACAAUCUCAUCGAUUUGUAUAUCAACUUGCCUUCCAACAACCGCUUCCGCCGUCCCGCCAACUACAUGUCCAAGGGUUACCGCACUCGUCGUAUGGCCGUUGACUACCAGACUCCUCUGGUCACCAACGUCAAGAAUGCCAAGAUCCUGAUUGAGGCCAUCGCCCGCCACUACCCCCUGAACAUCCAGACUUCUGAUUUCCAGACUAGCCACCGUACCGUGGUCCUGCCUGGUCUGAUCAACAUCGCUGCCUUUGUUCCUGGUCUUGUCACCCCUGGCUCCAAGGACUUUGAGGAUGUCACCAAGGCUUCGAUUGCUGCUGGUUUCUCCAUGGUCCGUGUCAUGCCCGUCGGCGUUGACAGCUCGGUUACCCAGGCCACCGAUCUGAAGAUUGUUCAACAGAACGCUCAGGACAAGUCCUACUGCGACUUUAACAUCUCGGUUGCCGCUACCGCUUCCAACUCUGACCAGAUCACCCAGGUGACUGGCGAGGUUGGCUCCCUUUUCAUCCCCUUCAACCACCUCUCUGGUAACAUCAACAAGGUGGCUACUGUGACCAACCACUUCGGUUCUUGGCCCUCCAACAAGCCUCUGAUCACUGAUGCUAAGGGAACUGAUCUGGCUUCCAUCUUGCUGCUUGCUAGCCUGCACAGCCGCAACAUCCAUGUCAUGAGCGUGACCACCAAGGAGGACAUCAGCCUCAUUGCGCUCAGCAAGGAGAAGGGGCUCAAGGUGACCUGCGAUGUGUCGAUCUUCUGCCUCUUCCUUUCUCACGAGGACUUCCCCGAGUGUGCCUCUCUGCCCUCUGCCGAGGACCAGAAGGCUCUCUGGGACCACAUGAGCACCAUCGAUGUUUACUCGAUUGGCAGCAUUCCCUACCAGCUUGCUGGCAAGGAAGCCUCCCCCGCUGUCGGCAUUGCUGAGUCCCUUCCCCUGCUCUUCACUGCUGUCGCUGAGGGUCGCCUUACUGUUGAGGACAUCACUGCUCGCCUUUACGACAACCCCAAGAAGAUCUUCGAGCUGCACGACCAACCCGAUACCUCUCUCGAGAUUGAGAUUGACCGCCCUUACCUGUACCAGAGCGCCGAUGCCUGGUCGCCUUUCAGCGGUAAGGUGAUGCGCGGCUCUGUCCAGCGUGUUACUUUCCAGGGCAAGACGUCUUGCCUGGACCAUGCGAUCACCUCUGAUGCCAUUAAGGGUACUGAUAUGUCUUCUCACCGUAUCGUCCCUACCUCGCCCGUGCAGAAGCCUACCACCCCCAUGGUUCGCCCUGAGAGCUCCCUUGACCGUCACGUUUCCGUCUCCGGUACUCCUGGCCGUCGUUUCCGUGGUGAGGUUAACGUUCCCUCUAUUGGCGAACUUGGCCCUCCUCUGUAUCCCUCGGCCCCGGUCUCUUCCUCGCUCUAUGAGAUGCUGUCGAACUCCAACUUCCGUGGCAAGCAUGUGUUGUCCGUGAACCAGUUCACUCGCGCGGACCUCCACCUGCUUUUCACUGUCGCCCAGGAGAUGCGUCUCGGUGUUCAGCGCCAGGGUGUCCUUGAUAUCCUCAAGGGCCGUGUCCUCGCUACCAUGUUCUACGAGCCCUCUACCCGCACCUCGGCUUCCUUCGAUGCCGCUAUGCAGCGCCUUGGUGGACGUACCAUCCCCAUCUCCGUCGAGCACUCCUCGACCCAGAAGGGCGAGACCCUGCAGGACACCAUCCGCACUCUGGGCUGCUACGGUGAUGCCGUGGUCCUGCGCCACCCUGACCCCAAGAGCACCGAUAUUGCGGCCAAGUUCUCCCCGGUUCCCAUUAUCAACGGCGGUAACGGCUCUAUCGAGCACCCCACCCAGGCCUUCCUGGACCUCUUCACCAUCCGUGAGGAGUUGGGUACUGUCACCGGCCUGACUAUCACUUUCACUGGUGACCUCAAGUACGGCCGUCCCGUUCACUCCUUGAUCAAGCUCCUGCAGUUCUACGAUGUCCGCAUUCAGCUUGUCUCCCCCAAGGAGCUUGCUCUGCCCGAGGAUGUCCGCCAGCAGAUCAAGGCCUCCGGCCAGCUCAUCGGCGAGUACGAAGAGCUGACUCCCGAGAUUGUCGCUCGCUCCGAUGUCCUGUACUCCACCCGUGUGCAGAAGGAGCGCUUCACCGACCUCUCUGAGUACGAGCGUCUGAAGAACAGCCUUGUCAUCGAUAACGCUCUGCUCAAGCACGCCAAGGGCCACAUGGUUGUCAUGCACCCUCUGCCCCGCAACGCCGAGGUCGCCGAGGAGGUCGAUUUCGACCAGCGGGCCGCUUACUUCCGCCAGAUGAGAUAUGGCUUGUACUGCCGCAUGGCGCUGCUGGCCCUGGUCUUGGCUCACUAA